GGGUCAGACAUCUGGACACCAACAGGAAGCACAACUGAGCAGCUUUUAAAAAAAAAAGAGGAUGCAGUUGGUCGUCAUGGCGACGGUGCUGGCGCUGGCGGGCGCGAUGCAGACCUGCAGUUUGGACUGCAACCCGCGGAAUGUCAGCAUCGCCGUGGAGAGCUGCGGCAAAACGAAGUUUGUCCUCACCACCAUAUGUGAAGGACAGUGCUACAACAAGGAUUCAGUCUACGAGGUCCCUGUGGACGUGUCCAAACAGAACGUCUGCAACGGAGAUUGGUCCUACGAAGUGAAACACUUCGAAGGUUGCCCAGUGGCUGUCACUUACCCUGUGGCCAAAAACUGCGCGUGCACCACUUGUAACCAUGACGACACGGACUGCGGACAUGUUUUGUUGGGCCACACCCAGCUUCUUAUGUCUCCUUGAUUUGAGCAUUGAUGGUCCAAUAAGGGAACUGCAUUAUUACUCCUGA